UUUCAUCCACGAAGAAGAAGAGCCGGAAGUGCACCGUUCCUCCUGCCCGCAGCUCGUAGCUAAAGCUACGUUGGUGUCAUCGUCUUAUCGGUUUGGGGUUUGACAACAUAAACAACAACCUAAUUUCGUGUCCAGCCACGAACGCUUAUUUUCACGGAGGUCUCCGGAGAGAUGAACAACACCGGGAAUAAGAGAGCUCCAACUACAGCCACUCAGCGACUUAAGCAGGAUUACCUCAGGAUAAAGAAAGACCCAGUGCCUUACAUCUGUGCAGAGCCUCUCCCCUCCAACAUCCUAGAAUGGCACUAUGUAGUCAGAGGUCCUGAGAAAACUCCAUAUGAAGGGGGUUAUUAUCACGGAAAACUCAUAUUUCCUCGAGAAUUUCCUUUUAAACCACCAAGUAUUUAUAUGAUUACACCGAACGGAAGAUUCAAGUGCAACACGAGGUUAUGUUUGUCCAUCACAGACUUCCAUCCGGACACGUGGAACCCUGCUUGGUCCGUGUCCACAAUCCUCACAGGUUUGCUCAGCUUUAUGGUGGAGAAAGGACCAACACUUGGAAGCAUCGAGACGUCCGACUACACAAAAAGACAACUUUCUGCCCAAAGCCUGGCCUUUAACCUCAAAGACAAAGUGUUCUGCGAGCUCUUUCCUGAGGUCGUGGAAGAGAUUAAGCAGAAACAAAAAGCCCAAAAGGAGUUAAGCACCCGCUCGCAGCCUCUCCCUUUACCUGACGUAGUUCCUGAUGGAGACCCUCAACAAGCUCACUAUGGCCUCCCAGCCCUCAACGGAGGACCGGCCCCUGUGGGAGGCGCAAACCCCGCCCCCGGCCUGCAGCAGGCCAAUCGGAACCACGGACUUCUAGGCGGCGCUUUAGCCAACCUGUUUGUGAUCGUAGGCUUUGCAGCGUUUGCUUACACCGUCAAGUACGUCCUGAGGAGCAUAGCCCAGGAGUGAGAGGAGGAGGAGCAGCCCCCCCUCCUCCUCUUAGUGAGCCACCUACAUGACUCUGAUCUUUACAAACACAAUACGAGGAGGAGGAGAGGAGGACCCACUCCCCGGUUAAACUCCUCCUCCACCAAAACGACCACAACCAUGGACUUUAGAAGUAAACUGAAGCUCGCCCACCCCCGACGGACUGAGAGCAGGAGGUGGAUGGGAGUGGGAGUUUGGAUGGGGGGGGUUUAUUAAAGUGGUUGUGAUCCACUUUGUGCUGCAGUGGUUUGUACAAAACCUGGUAGCAAACUUGGCUCAUGGGUUGAAAAUGAAUUUAGACACAAACCCAUCAGAGCAGUUGUAACCCUCUUAACAGCAGUCCUGAAAUCACUCUGGGCUGUUUUUAAUUCAAGUUAAAGGAACAGGAUUUUAAAUGGUCAACAACACACAGUAAAUCAUUACCUAAAUCUGUAAAAAAAAAGUGAUUUGCCUCAAAAAAGUCUCUCAUUGUGUUUUGGUUUAAGCAGAGAAUUAUCUCCUUGAGGAGAUUGUACGCGUCAUACAGCUGUCAGGUGAGGGAGUUAAUAUAUAAGCUUGUAUCAGAGAAAGCUUUAUUGUUCUCUAGAAAUGCCACAAAACUGCCUCAAACCUAUUCAUCUUAUUUAUCAGAUCCUAAACUCCCUCACACCGUGAUUUAAUUAAACCCGGAGUCAGUAAAAUC